CCACCGUUAAUAAUGACUAAUUUUCAUCUAUGAAACAUAUAAUUAUACAAGGUGGAUUAUCCAUUCACAACCGAAAAUUUUUCCAUACACAUAAGCUACAAAUGUCCUAUUUUUCUACCUUUAAAGAGAAAAAUUGCAUACCCAUAUGUCUAAAUACAUAGUACUCCAUAUAGUACACAUAUAGUAUUUCACAACAUCAUCCAGCUAUACCCCUCUUUAUAUACAACAACCAAAAUACACCAAAUAAAGUCCCUUUAAACUUCAAAACUAUCCAAAAUUUUCAACCAACCUUCAUUUUCUUAUGCACACACUCACUCACGCGCCUCUCACCUUCUUCUAUAUCUCUCCCCACUCUCUCUCCCCCAUAGAAACCGUUUCUCUCUCUCUCUCUCUCUCUCUCUCUCUCUCUCUAUAAACUAAUGUCAUAUUCCUAAACCCUACCCACUCUAACACACAAUCACAACCCUGUCGUUUUUUUCCAAACCUUUCACAAAACGACCAUGCCGUUUCUUUGGAAGAAAAAAAACAGAGUAACUCGAAUUUCACAAAUCGUCGCUGAUUUCCAAUCUCCAAAACGAACCAGUUCUCUUGUCGUUCAAACCGGUUUUCCCACUUCACUCAUCGAUCUCUUCGUUAAAAACCGUAACCGCUUCAAAAAAUCCAGUUUCAAAAAACCGGUUCACUCCGAAAUUAUUGAUCCGUCAGGGUCGCCGCCGCCGCCUCCGCCGCCGUCUCCGGUCACGUCUUCACCGUCGAUUUCAGAAUCACCGAUUCAUGAAAUUUUCACCGAAGAAGUUCCGAUGCCGAAUUCUCCGAUCAGAGAAACCGCCGACGACGAAUCCGCCGCCGUUGAUUUUGUUACGGUUAAUAAACUCGGUUCCGCGAUUGGUUCAAAUCCGAAGUUAAUUACGGUGAAGAUGUUGACGGUUAUUAUUUUGGCGGCGAGUGUUAAGGAAUUAACGGUUGCGAUCACGGUGUCGGCGUUUGCGCUACUGUUUCUCGAAAACGCAUUGAAAAUUGUCGUUUCGAAUUUAAAGCCUAAGUCUCGGUUCCAGAAGGUUCUGUUUAGUAGUAAGGAAAAUAAGGUUUGUGAACCUGUAACCGUUUUAGCCAGUGAUGGAAUUGAAUUGUUGAAUUUGGAUUUGAAUUUGGAUUCAAAUUGUUGUGUGAAUGAUGAAAUUGAAGUUGUUGAAGAAAAAAAUGAAUUGGAAAAUUCAUUGAAAAUUAGAGGUAAAGGUAAUCGAAGUGGUAGAUUUAAGGCAACAAUGGCGAAGAAGCUUCAGAAAUUUCGUGGUUCCAAGAGAGAGAAAAAAGAAGAAAAAGAAAAAGAAAUUAUUAAUAUUAUCAACAAAGAGAGUAUUUCAUGUGUUGUUGAUGAAGACGAAGAAGAAAUUAUUAACAUUAAAAAUGAAGCAACUGAUGAUGAUUGUGGAAUUACUUGUUCUGGAGAAACAAUUGUUGUUGGGAAUUCAAGUUAUGCUAUUCUUGUUAUGGUUAUUCUUGUUGGGCUUAUUGUGGGACGAUUACAAGCAUUGAUUCUUACAAUUGGUUGGUGUUUUUUGGUUAAGAUUGUUGGAGGUUUAUGGAGAUCAAAGAAUGUGGGUUUGAUCAAAGGUUGUGUUUCAAGGUUUUCUUGAAGAUGAUGGAGUCAAUUGGGUGGGUUUGAAACAACAUUGGAAUUGGAAGAUGAUUCAUGCCAUGUUUGUGUGAUAGGAACUCCAACCAUUUGUUGGAAAUCCAACUUGAUGUGUUGUUAUUUUUUUAGAUGUAAAUUUUAUUUACUCUAGUUAGAUAGAUAGAUAAUUAUUACAAUGGAUAGUAUAGUGAAUACUUCUUUCCUUCCUAUAUAUUUUUAUAUUUUGAAGUUUUUUUUAGACAAUGGUAAGUACCA